AUGAGGCUAGACAUCUCGGAAUCGGGGCGACCAAGUGCGCAGGCGGGCCCCAGCCAGGCAGGGAGAGCCAACCUCGCCGAGAAUCAAGGAACCCUCCAAGCCACCGCCAGCUUGAGGAUUGAAGAUCUUGCAUACGAAUCGCAGCAUGCGGAGGUUCAGCUGGCCAUUGCAGCUUUUGCCUCAGUUCUUUCUGCCUAUGGAACCAUUACAUUUAGAGCGAAUUCUUUCACACGAUAUAGGGGGACGAUUCGUUCAUCUGCAAAAAUUAGAACAAACCUCGAGUCCUGGAGGGCUCGGUGGUUUGACGGCAGAUCCGUUGAUAAUUCCAGGUAA